AUGACACAUGAGAAACAGAAAGGGCUCUUCAAGUGUUGGACGGAUGAGAGAGUGGGCAUUGCACUGCUGGCUGAAGUUAACCUUCAAUGGUCAGCAGUGCCCAGAGGACACAAGUGGUUUUGGGUCGAGUCCUUCACUAACCAGGGACAUUUCUCUUCAGUGUCUUACUAUGAACACCAGGAGUUUCCAACUCCCUCGGCGCAUCAAUGGGGCGGAUGUUCUGCUACAUUACUCCACAAGGUCGCGCGCCGUGCAAAGUCAGGCGGCAAAGAUGAGUCAGAGCUAGGCAGGUUCUCAUGGAUCAAGAUCCGGGGCAGGGACAUCCGACAACAGGAGUCUCAGACUGAUGGGCCCCCUGCUGGUCCUUUAGAUCUUGUGGUGGUCUCGGCAUAUCGUCCGAACAAGGAAGGUACCAAUGCUGGUAGUGUUUGGAACUACCAACGGCAUCACUGGCUGAGCAAGGGGGUGACUAUGGAUCCCCGUGACAAGCUCACACUGGAUUUGGUGGACCUGAUCAAACAAUGGAAAGCGGAAGGGUGCGAGAUUCUCCUUGGGUUAGAUGCAAACGAAGAUGUCUCCUACAACUCUCCCUCUUCCUUCCGCCAAGAGAUGCGGUCUGAAGGCCUGACGGAGGCCAUUUUACGCCAACAUCAGGACCCUUACCCAGUGACAACCCAAAGUCGGACAACGGAUACUCCCAUUGAUGGUAUAUUUGUGACCGACGGCGUCCAUGUAACGGCAGGUGGAUACUUGGACUUUCAGCAGUAUUUUAAGUCGGGCCACAGGGGACUCUGGAUUGACAUUGACCUGGAAGCGACUCUGGGGGCCCCACCGGUGACCUCUCCUUCCUUCCAACCACGUCGGUUGACACUGGCUGAUGGCCGGUCUGUGGACCGCUAUAUUAAGGCUGCGGAAGCGGGCUACCGGAGGAUAUUUCGGUCCAGGACGGUUACCUUACGGCGAAUCAGGAAGCUCGAUUCAACACCAUUCAUCGCCAGGCCUAUGAGAUCCGCCGAAGGGCUGAGCGCAACUGCCGGAAACUGUCGAUGGGUAAGGUUCACUGGUCAACCUAAUGGGAUAGGUUGCACCUUGGGCCAUAGACAGGUCAGGACUAGUUCACGGAAGGUACGGCGUUUGUUGAAGAAGACCGGGCUGACCAAUGCAUGGAAAUUAUCAGAAGCUGACCUACAGGCAAAGUGGCACCUUGAACAUCAAGCCUACAAAGAGGCCAAGCGGAAGUGUGCCCAUCAUUGGCGCCUUGAAUAUCUGGAGACCUGA